CCGAAGCCGCUCGUUGUGCAGCUCCCCUCCUUCGCCCGCCGCUCGAACAUCCUCACGGGGCUGCAGGACCCUGCUGUGGACAACAGGCCCAAGCUGGACCUCAGCUCCUCGGGCAAGAGCCAGCAGCACCAGUACGAGCUCAACAGCAAGAAGUAUCACCAGUACCAGCCCAAUGGCAAGGAGAGCAGCAUGAAGCACCAGUCCCACAGCAAAGGGAAGUAUUACUACCAGCUGAACAGCAAGAAGCACCACCACUACCAGCCAGACCCCAAGAUGUACGAGCCCCACUACCAGCCCACAAGCAAGGAGCCGCAGAGCCAGGCAUGCCUGGAGAGCAGCAAGAGCCCCAUGGUCGCCCACCCAGACAAGUGGGCUCAUGCCCCUGCCAAGAGCUUGCUGGGCCCAGUUAAGAACCUGUCUGCAGAGAGCAAGAAUGGGGCUGAGAAGAACCUGUCGAGUGGUACCGGCCCCCCGCCGCGGGACAGGGUGACGGGCAAUGGUCUGGGGGGCAAGAUGAAGAUUGUCAAGAACAAAAACAAGAACGGGCGCAUAGUGAUCGUCAUGAGCAAGUACAUGGAGAACGGCAUGCAGGCUGUGAAGAUCAAGUCUGGGGAGCCGGCCCGGAAGCGGGCGGCGGACGAGAGGACUCCUAAGAAGGGUGGGGAAGAGAAGCUGGAGGUCUGGAGGAAGCCGGGGGAGGACAGGGUGGCGGGCAGCAAAGCGGAGGGCCCCCCGGCACGGCCCGCGGCGCCCGGCCCGCCCGCGCCGCCCGAGGUCAUCCUGCUGGACUCGGACCUGGACGAGCCCAUAGACUUGCGCUGUGUGAAGCCGCGGGCCGAGGGCGAGCCGGCCGCGGCGCAGGUGAAGCCAGAGGCGCCGCUGGUGCCGUCGGAGAAGCCACCCGCGGAGCCCCCGCAGCCCCACGGGGCCACCGAGGAGGAGGAGGAGGAGGAGGCUGAAGCCCUGCAGGAAUUCAAGCCCUUCUUUGGGAAUAUAAUUAUCACAGACGUGACGGCGAACUGCCUGACGGUGACCUUCAAGGAGUACGUGACGGUGUGAGCGGGGUGCCCGGCUGCUCCCCAUGGGAGGCACCAG